UCCUGUGCUUCUGGAGAGUAUCUAGAGAUGAAGAACCAGGUAUGCAGUAAGUGUGGUGAAGGCACCUACUCCUUGGGCAGUGGCAUCAAAUUUGAUGAAUGGGAUGAAUUGCCAGCAGGAUUUUCCAACGUUGCAACUUUCAUGGACACUGUACUUGGCCCUUCUGACACCAGGCCUGAUGGCUGUAACAACUCUUCUUGGGUCCCUCGUGGAAAUUACAUAGAGUCAAAUCGUGACGACUGCACCGUGUCUUUGAUCUAUGCUGUGCACCUUAAGAAGUCGGGUAAUGUCUUCUUUGAGUACCAGUACGUCGACAACAACAUCUUCUUUGAGUUCUUUAUUCAGAACGAUCAGUGCCAGGAGAUGGACACCACGGCGGACAAGUGGGUCAAGCUCACGGACAGUGGGGAGUGGGGCUCACAUUCUGUAAUGCUAAAGUCUGGCCCAAACAUACUGUACUGGAGAACUACAGGCAUCCUUAUGGGUUCUAAGGCAGUCAAGCCAGUGUUGGUAAAAAAUAUCACAAUUGAAGGAGUGGCAUACACAUCAGAAUGCUUUCCAUGCAAGCCGGGCACCUUCAGCAAUAAACCAGGUUCGUUCAACUGCCAAGUGUGUCCCAGAAACACCUAUUCUGAGAAAGGAGCCAAAGAAUGCAUAAAGUGUGCAGAGGACUCCCAGUUUUCAGAAGAAGGAUCUGGCGAGUGUAUGGAGCGCCCUCCCUGUACCACAAAAGACUAUUUUCAGAUCCACACUCCAUGUGAUGAAGAUGGAAAGACACAGAUAAUGUACAAGUGGAUAGAGCCCAAAAUCUGCCGGGAAGAUCUCACAGAUGCUAUUAGGUUGCCCCCUUCUGGAGAGAAGAAGGAUUGUCCACCUUGCAACCCUGGAUUUUAUAACAAUGGAUCAUCUUCUUGCCAUCCCUGCCCUCCUGGGACGUUUUCAGAUGGAACAAAGGAAUGUAGACCAUGUCCAGCGGGAACAGAGCCUGCCCUUGGCUUUGAAUACAAAUGGUGGAAUGUCCUUCCCGGCAACAUGAAAACCUCCUGCUUUAAUGUUGGGAAUUCAAAGUGUGAUGGGAUGAAUGGUUGGGAGGUGGCUGGAGAUCAUAUCCAGAGUGGGGCUGGAGGUUCUGAUAAUGAUUACCUGAUCUUAAACUUGCAUAUCCCAGGAUUUAAACCACCAACAUCUAUGACUGGAGCCAUGGGUUCUGAAUUGGGAAGAAUAACAUUUGUCUUUGAGACCCUCUGUUCUGCUGACUGUGUUCUGUACUUCAUGGUGGAUAUUAAUAGAAAAAGUACCAACGUGGUGGAAUCAUGGGGUGGAACCAAAGAAAAACAAGCUUACACCCACAUCAUCUUCAAGAAUGCAACGUUUACAUUUACAUGGGCAUUCCAGAGAACUAACCAGGGGCAAGAUAAUAGACGGUUCAUCAAUGACAUGGUGAAGAUUUAUUCUAUCACUGCCACUAAUGCAGUUGAUGGGGUGGCAUCCUCAUGCCGUGCCUGUGCCCUCGGUUCUGAACAGUCGGGCUCAUCGUGUGUCCCCUGCCCCCCAGGCGACUACAUUGAGAAAGAAACCAACCAGUGCAAGGAGUGUCCACCUGACACCUACCUGUCCAUACAUCAGGUCUAUGGCAAGGAGGCUUGUAUUCCGUGCGGGCCUGGGAGUAGAAGCACUCAGGACCACUCCGCUUGCUAUAGUGACUGCUUUUUCUACCACGAGAAAGAAAAUCAGAGUUUGCACUAUGACUUCAGCAACCUCAGCAGCGUGGGCUCGUUAAUGAAUGGCCCCAGCUUUACCUCCAAAGGAACAAAAUACUUCCAUUUCUUCAAUAUUAGUUUGUGUGGGCAUGAGGGGGAGAAGAUGGCUCUGUGUACCAACAAUAUAACAGACUUUACAGUAAAGGACAUGGUGGCAGGCUCAGAUGAUUACACGAAUCUGGUAGGAGCAUUUGUAUGCCAAUCAACUAUUAUUCCUUCGGAAAGUAAGGGUUUCCGAGCAGCUUUAUCAUCACAAUCCAUCAUUCUGGCAGACACAUUUUUAGGAGUGACAAUUGAAACCACAUUGCAAAAUAUUAAUAUAAAAGAAGAUAUGUUCCCAGCUCCACCGAGCCAAAUACCCGAUGUGCAUUUCUUUUACAAGUCUUCUGCAACUACAACAUCUUGUGUUAAUGGCCGGUCAACUGCGGUGAAAAUGAGAUGUAAUCCUACUAAACCUGGAGCUGGAGUGAUUUCAGUCCCCAGCAAGUGUCCAGCAGGCACCUGUGAUGGAUGUACAUUUUACUUCCUGUGGGAGAGUGCCGAAGCUUGCCCUCUGUGCACAGAGCAUGACUUUCAUGAGAUUGAGGGCGCCUGUAAGAGAGGAUUUCAGGAAACCUUAUAUGUGUGGAAUGAACCAAAAUGGUGCAUUAAAGGAAUUUCUUUGCCUGAGAAAAAAUUGUCAACCUGUGAAACAGUUGACUUUUGGCUAAAAGUGGGAGCAGGUGUGGGAGCUUUCACAGCUGUUUUGCUGGUGGCUCUAACCUGCUAUUUUUGGAAAAAGAAUCAGAAACUGGAGUACAAAUAUUCCAAGUUAGUAAUGUCAACAAACUCGAAAGAACGAUGGGACCUUACUGUGGGCUCCUACGUGAGUGACCCGGAUGAUUUGAUAGACACCUAA